AUGCCGACAGUGCCUCAAGGUGGAAAAGUCCUGGUCUCAGGAGCUAACGGCUACAUCGCCAUGUGGACCGUGAAAAUUCUUCUCCAGCAGGGAUACCGCGUGCGGGGGACAGUGCGCUCAGCGGAGAAGGGUAAAUUCAUGAGCGAUUAUUUUGCAAAAAUCGGUUACGGAGACGCAUUCGAGUUUGUGAUUGUCCAAGAUAUCGUCAAGGAUGGCGCGUUCGACGAAGUCGUCAAAGACGUUGAUGCUAUUGAGCAUAUGGCAUCCCCGGUCAACUUCAAUCCCGGCGAUCCGCAAGAGGUAUUGAAGCCUGCCAUCCAGGGAACAGUCAGCAUGCUCAAGAGCGCCAUGAAGAACGGCACGGAGGUCAAACGCGUCGUGAUCACGUCUUCCACCGCAGCUAUCGUGGCUCUGAACCUAGUAACUGAGCCCAGGGUUUUCAGCGAACAGGAUUGGAACGACGCUUCGCCCAAGGAAGUUGAAGAGCUUGGUUCAAAGGCUUCGGGAAUGACCAUCUACCGUGCAUCCAAGCCUCUUGCAGAGAAAGCGGCAUGGGAUUUCUACAACGAGCACAAGGCACAGGUUCAAUGGGAUUUGACCGUUAUCAAUCCUCCUGCCGUCUUUGGGCCCCCCAUUCACGACAUUACCUCCCUCAAGUCCUUGAACCUCUCCCUUCAGACCUGGUAUAACAUGGUUGCCUCCGACUCUCCGAAGACCAAGGAUGCGCUCAGCCAAUCGCCUGCUUGGGUCGACGUUCGUGACAUUGCUUUGGCACACGUCCUGGCUCUCGAAAACGAAGCGGCAGGUGCAGAGAGAAUCCUGACCGUAUCUGGGGUAUGCUGUUGGCAAGAAUGGGUCGACGCAGUAAACGGUCUGAAGCCAAACCCGCUCCCAUCUCACAAGUUUACUCUUGGGUACCCCGAAAUUAGUCGAGAGAAAGUGAUUCUUGCUACUUUUGACAAGUCCAAGGAAGAUCGUAUUUUCGGGAUCAAAUUCAAGACUGUGGAGGAGACGGCCAGGGAUACGUUGGAGGAAUUUGCCAGGCGUGGGUGGUAG